CACACAUACACAUACUUAUUUAAAAGACUUUGCCUGAUUUUCAUUUGGUUGUGUAUAAAAUGAAAGAAAAUAAACAUAAUUCUUUUAUAUAUUGCUGUCUUUUUAUUGGCAUAUAAUAUUUCAAAAUUAUGCCUUAUUUUCAAAUAAAGAAUAACAUUACAAUGUUUGUAAAAUAAAGUGGAAAGGAAAGGCAGGACCUCACACAACUUCAGAUUGUUAAGUUCCUGCUGUGGAAAAGGGCCAAGAGAUGUUUCUAACUGCGCACAUAUUUAUUGCUUUUUGAAAUAAUGUUUAAUUCACUCAACAGUUGACUCAUUUUGUGUUUCUCAUUGCUUAAAUUACCAUAUUUUGAUGUGUUUUCUCAUUUGUUGAAGCUCACCAUGCCAUGCUAAUUUUAUUCACUGUAUUUUUGGUUUGUUUAAUAGAAAAUAUGCCACACGCUGUUUGUUGAGUCCAAAGGUCCAUUAUUGCUAAUCUGAAAGAUUUUUAAGCCUUUGAGUUUAGCAGCUGUUUUUCACUCCCAUUACAUGUAAAAGAGUUUUUGUUCUAAAGAACACGAACAGUGUUCCUUGAGUUCAUCAAUGCACUGUUUUUGUAUUCCUUUGCAGCCUAGGCAGAUUAACCUAAGGUCUUUUCUUUUAUCCACCUCUUUCUUUGCGUCUAUUAGUAACAAAAUAUGAUAAUGUUGCUCUUACAUAAACACUUGGAGCAAGUCAUACUAAUCGUUUAGAGGACGGAACUAAACUCGCAGCUUGAGGGGGUUUGAUUUCACGGCUGGAAUUUGAAAUAGUUUUUAUACUGUAGCUGACCUUGUUCAAAAACACCUCCUACCUUUUCCCAAGGCCUUGACACUUGAACUAGAAAAUCUGUGCUGGAAUGAUACAGGAAAAAUCACCACUGUUUCAAAUGUAUUUGUUUGAACACAGAGCCAAAUUCAGCAGUAAUCCUGGCAGGAGUGAGCCAUCUCAGUGCCCAGUACUUCCCAGUGCAUUUGUACUGGGCUCUCUGCCUUUACAGCUUCCCAUUUAAAAAAUAGAUAUUUGUUUUUGCUGAGGAUGUAAAGAAUAUGAAGAUAACUACAGAAGCACGGAAGCUUCAAACCCUAAAUAAACCAGUUACAUCACAUUAAAGUCCUGUUUGCAUCGGUUACUUGACCAGCCAAACAGCAGUGUGUGAGCAUGUCUUCUUUGUUGCUCUGGAAUCCCACAUGUUCCAUGUUCGGCCAAAAAUAUCAGCUAAUUUUGAACUUAACCACCAUAUGAAGCUGCUGCUUUACCACUUUUCCUUCCCAACAAAACCGUAUCUGUUCCGUGAGUUAAAUCACUCGGUGAGUGCUCGCCUUAAUGCUUUCAAUGCUCCUGAGUGGGCACAGCUCAAAUCCAUUCACUUGAGACUACAAUCAGCAUUCCAUCAAGUCAGUAAGGUGCUGAUUUAAACCUAAGAGGAGGGAGGCGGAAGGUUUCAGAAAGAAAUUGUGGGUAAUCAUGGAUGUGUCCAUGUGAGCGUACCUUUUUCUGCAUGUGUGUGACGGGUUGCAGUCGUCACAGAUUUCAGGUCUUGGUAAAUUUUAGUGGAGAUGGAAGAGAUUAGGCUGGAGCUAUCGUAUUGUGGCUUUUCAGCCUCAGAGCUCAGCAGCCGGUUUGCGCGACUUCUCUCAAAGAAUGAGAAACUUAAUGGAUCAACCCUGACUUUUUUUUCUUAGCUCUUAGAUCCAAGUGCAGGAAAAAAGAGGAAAAAGGAGUAAAAGUAAAAAUCUUGGGGUGUAGAGGAAAUGAUUUAAGGGGAAGGAGUUGGAGGUGAUUGCUCUUGUAGUGGAGGUGAGACGUUAGGAUGGGAAGACAAGUGAGAAAAUCAGGCAGAUGGGGCGUGUGUGAGAGAGAUGAGCUUUAGAUUUAUAGCAGACUGAGGCUGCACUCAUAAUGUUCUGACAGGCCAUCCAGCAGGCAAAGCCACACUUGAAGCUACUUAUUCCAACCAGCUGCCAUCGCGAACAUUUCACUGCCACUGUGAGCAUUCGAACAUUUGCAUUUCCAGUGAAAUGCAUUUCACUUUGGUCACAUGAAAGUGCCUCCCUUUCUGUUUCACUGAGGACGACGCGUAAAAGCCAUUUUUUAAACAAGUUGAUCCCGGCUGCGUCAGUAACCACACGGUCCUCUCAGUCAGUCACGGUCUUCGGUUAUUUAUCAAAGAUUUUAUCAGGUGAUUCGCAUCUGUAUCAAAUACGAAUCUAAUUCCAUUAAAACUUAAAUAUUCAUGGUUAAAAACAUCAUUAUUAUAUUUGUUUGAGGGAAGUUUGUACUGGACAAUUCUGCGUGCUCAUGCAAGUGCUAGGAUUCAAGGUCAGGGCAGGAAGUCAUUGCCAGUGUCAGGAAGAAUGAGACAAAUAAAAGUCCAGCUCUCAUCUUUCGCAGUGCGAAAAACUCAUCAAUAUGGAGAGUUCAGCUUCGAUACACCCAGUGUCUAGAUUUUCACAUCCCAGUCUCUAAGCGUUCAAUGGGAACAGUCUCACUGGCUCAAGAAGUUCUUUGUCGAUGAUUUUUGCAUGACAGCUAAAGCAUUCAGCGGGAAUGAGCCACGAGGGCGUAAAAUCUGAGUGGCUGGACAGAGCAGACAGAGGUCUGUGCCCUACCUAAACUCCAUUUUCACUGAUCAAAUGAUUUAAUUGCCUGAACAUAAUCACACCCUAGCCAAAUGUUAUCAUUAGUCACAUAAAUGUAAUGCACAGACAGGAACAUUUGCAUGGAUAAUCUCUUUUUUUCAGUAAUUUGGAUCUUCUCCAAAGCCUCAUACUUGUAAGAAAAAGAUGUAAAGGAGAAAUUGUGAAAAGGCUAAAACCUGAGUUUUAGUACCUGCUGUGGUCACUCUGAAAGCCUUCUCAAGCUGCAACCCGGCAAUGGCUUGCUUGACCCUUCAAACUCUCAAUCCAUAGUUCAUAAUAGAGGUUUCUUAUACAAAAGGAAUCCUUAACCCUACACCGAGAACAUGUGUCAUUGAGAAUAAAGAUGGGUAUUUGCAGAGCUGUGCUGUACUAAUAUAAGCACACUUGGCUCGCCUUGAUAAUAUUAUCAGGGCUCGAAUCUACAGUCAUAUUGAAAUUAGGCCCCUUAAUAUGUGGAUAAGAAAAAACAACUCAAAAAACACUGUUAAAGUUUUAAAAGGUAAAUAUCAUAGUAAAUGGAGGCUGGGAUACUGUAAUACACCACACACUCCAAAUAAUACUAGUUAAUUUCUCACUUACCACUAAAUGCCAUUAAAGUCUUCAUUAAAUAAAAACGUAUUCAGAUAUAAUUUCUGUUUCCUUUCUUUUACAAUCCCCAGAAAGUGCCCAUAACUUAAAAAAUAAUUUGUUUCUUCGUUCCUUUAAAGCUUCCAGUUGCCAGGCCCUCAUGUAUUUUUUAGGAGGAAAAAAAUUACACCUUGAUUUCUGUAAAAUUACACGGUAAUUGUUGUGAAAAUUGCACCGUAAUUACACAGGGCUUACUAUUAAGUGCUAACCUUUUUUAUAUUAACUCGGAUAGUCCUGCGAGCGCUACGAAAUUCCCAGGCCCGAAGACGUGUUCUGAUUUUCUCUGCAUUUUAAAGGCGUGGGUUGAAUAUCAUCUCCAUAUUAAAUAGAUCACACAUUAUAAUUUCCUCCGAGGUCCUUGCGGGGUUUUCAGAUUCACUGAGGCCGGGAUUUUGUUUGAUUGAGUGCAGUCUUUGUUUCUUCAAAUGGUGCGCGCAGGAUUAAGGCAGGAGCCUAGAAUUGGUAAUGUGAGCUAACAAGCGAGCGGUGAAAGGAGAAAAGUGAUACCUCAGUUUAAGUAAGAUCGUUUAUCGGGGUUGUCUGUGUGGCUUCCUUGUCUGCUUCGCUGUUUUCAUUAUCGCCGGGCUGUAAAGGCUCCGCUAAAAAAAAAAAUACAUCUUUUCGCCCGUUUGAGGUGAAAGCGAGGCAGAAGGGUUUGCUUGUUAGAGGUGAAGGCGAACCAUGUUCACUUGAGUGAUUUAAAGGAACUUAAAAUGAAUAAUCUUUGCAGUGCAGUCUUGUAUUUUUCAUUUGGAGCCAUAAGUUCGCUGUUUCACAUCAUGUUAAGGAACACUUCCACCUUCAACGCUUUAAAUAAGAGCGAUGUCCUCCUUUAAUAAUAGGACAUUUACUCGUUUUUCUAAUUAUUCUUUUAUUAAUCAUGUAUUCCAAACGUCCCCAGAGGCAACAAGGCAUAUGUGUGAUUCCAGACCGUGUGCGCGUUCCAGGAAUGUUUGCUUGUCCAAUGACCAGACUGUGCCCUCUAACAUCAUGUCUGUUUGUUUGCUUGUUUGUUUGUUUGUUUGUUUGUUUUCCUUUUUUUUGCUCCCCCAGAGACUAAACAAUGCCUGCAAUCUUGUUUAUUUGGCUAUUUGUUUUGCAGCUCUCUUCGCCUUAACUCACAGAGUAGUCGGGAUAAGGUGCCUGCCCCAAGCUGUGUGCCAGCCUGGCUGUAAGCAUGGAGACUGCGUGGGACCCAAUAAGUGCAAGUGCCAUCCUGGUUUCACUGGGAAAACCUGCAAUCAAGAAGAGGCGCUGGACUAUUUAACCCCACCAGUGUGGGCCAGUCACCUUCCUAUCUUUCUUCCCGUGGACCAUCAGCCGGCGAGAGUUGUGAUGGAGGACCUGAAUGAGUGCGGGCUAAAGCCAAGGCCCUGCAAACACAGGUGCAUGAACACGUAUGGGAGCUACAAGUGUUACUGCCUGAAUGGCUACAUGCUGAUGCCUGACGGGACCUGUGGAAACGCUCGCACUUGUGGUAUGGCCAACUGCCAGUAUGGCUGCGAGGUGCUGAAAGGAGAGGUCCGAUGUCAGUGUCCGUCGCCGGGGCUACAGCUGGCUCCGGAUGGGAGAACCUGUGUGGAUGUGGAUGAGUGUGCAGCAGGGAUAGCAGUGUGUCCCAGGUUCAGGAAAUGUAUCAACACCUUUGGUAGCUACAUCUGCAAAUGCCACGAAGGCUUCGACCUGCAAUACAUCAACGGAAAAUACCAGUGCAUAGAUGUGGAUGAGUGCUCUUUAGGUCAAAGCCACUGCAGCAGCUUUGCCACCUGCUACAACACGCCGGGCUCAUACAAGUGCAAAUGCAAAGACGGCUACAGGGGGAUGGGCCACGACUGUAAACCCAUCCCUAAAGUGGUUAUUGACCCCCCGAGACCAGGCAAAGUGCCUCCAAAUCAUCACAACCACAUCCCAGACUUGGAUCAGCAGAGGACCACCACCACUCGCCCACCAGUCACUCCAAAGAUCAUCUUCCCUAAAUUGCCGCCAACCGCUACAACUACAACCAAGGCACCCCGCCCGAGGGUGACCCCAUCGCAACACAAGCCGUUGGUCCCCACCCGAAAGCCCUUCAUACCCACCCGAAAGCCCUUCAUACCCACCCGAAAGCCACCGGUACCCACUCGCAAACCCUACAUUCCAAGGCCAGCAGUUCCCACCAGACCACCCUUGCCACUGCCACCGGUCACACCAGUGGACAAUACCAUCCAGAAGGAGGUCACCAAGCAGAGAGGGGAUGUUCACAUCCCCCGGAACCCCAGUGGCAACACAGUCCUCGACAUCGACUUUGACAUUGAGCUCGGCAACACGGCAGACGAAGCCAAGGAUGACCCAGAGUCGGGGUAUCUGAGCUGCUCCUUUGAUGAUGGUCUUUGUGGCUGGAUCAGGGACAAAGACGGGGACCUGCACUGGGAGACGACGCCUGAUCCGUCAGGUGGACGCUACCUAACGAUACCCGAAGCAGGAAACAAGAGGACUGGACGAGGAGCGCGGCUGGUCCUCCCCCUUAUCCCUCCCUGGAAUGACGGCAAUCUGUGCUUGUCAUUCCGGCACAAGCUGGCAGGUCACCAUGUGGGAAUGCUCCAAGUGUUUGUGAAGAAGGGAAAGCAGUACAGUCCAGCAGUCUGGGGUCGAACAGGUGGAAAUGGCUGGAGACACACCCAGAUCACAUUAUGGGGCACAGGCCUGGAAAGUGUGAUCCUGAAGGGGGAGCGCGGGCGAGGCAGGAGCGGAGAGAUGGCCGUGGACGACAUAACCUUGAGGAAAGGCUCCUGCACAGAGGAGCACAAUCUGAGGAGACUUUGACUGACAGAACAGGGCGAGGCAGAAAGAAAACAAGAGAGAAACUCAUCUCAAAGAGAACGGACUCUGUUGUGACCCCCCCUCUCCCCGCUCUCUCUCUCUCUGCCUGGGCACUCACAGAUCCCUCCCUAAACCCCUCAGCCGUCGUGUAAACAAAAUCCCCCCAAAUCAUGCGUCUGCAGAACAGUGGGUUUCUCUCACUCGGCUGUCCGUUAAUAAAAGGACCGAACCUGUCCUCGUGGGUGGAUCCCAGCAGCACAUCCCCAGUCCUCUCAGCUUCCAUCUCACUCCAUCACCUUAUUACUCUAAAGUGUGCAUGUACCUACUCACCAUGGAAAUGUCCUCCACCUAACAGCACUGGCAGCCUUCCAGCCACACCGCUGACAGGCCCACGCUCACUUCAUUUCUUCCCGGAGAGAGGAUUGUUCCUUUAUUUAGGGAGCCCGCUUUUGCUUUGCUUUGAUCCUUUAACCACAAGCCAUUGCUUUUUUAGUUGCUUAAUGGUGAAAACAUGUGGCCAGGGGUGCAUUUUGUGACUGUUUUGAUCAGAAAAAAAGAAGAAGAAACAAGCGGUAGAUUUCUUUUGGUUGGAGAUUUAAACAAUGUACAUAAAAUACAAAUUUUAUUUGUCAAAAUUGAAUUGGUUCUAAUGCAGAUUUCUUUCAAUCUGAUAUAGGCCCACAGCAUAACACCAAAAGUCAGUUUACCGCUAAUUUUGCUGGUCAAAUGUGAGUUGUUUUUCGUUUUAAUUACCGGCUACUGUUCUAUAGCACAGCUUUGUCUGAAAGGUCCUUUUUGUUGCCACAGCAUUUCAAAGACAUGCUUGGUCGCAGAAAGUUCAGAUAUUUAGCAUCUUUUCUAUCGUGUUAUUGCCUGUUGAGGUUGGUAAAACUCUGCGAUCAUGUUCUUCAGAUACUUGAAACGUGUAAAACAGAAUCAUUGUAUGAUUUUCGAGUCAACCGAAAAGUUACUUUUUAUUAUACACUUUGUGCUUUGUUAUAUUAAGUGCAGUUUGUUAUAAAGAUGAUGACACCAACACCUUUUUAGGUUUUCACAAAUUGUAUUAUUGUAAAUGUAGUUGUGUGUACAUACUCUAAACAAUCCCAUUUGUUGUGUGAUUUAUAUGUUAUGUAAAUUCAUACGUAGAUAUUGAUUGGAUUUCAGCUGGUUGAUAUUUCAACUUUUAAGGAAAGAACGUGUACACAGAUCAAAACCUUGUGUAGUGCAAGGCUGUUUAAAGUGUCCAAAAAUGUGUCUUCAUAUGGUAUAAAGCUCUGUUUGUAACUUGCUAAGCACAUAGUUGCAUAUUGUAUGAUGUGAUAAUGAAGGGCAUUGUAAAGGUUUUCUGUGUGCAUGGUUGCAUUCACCAAAUUCAGAAUUAUCCAGACCAGUAUGUAAAUAAAAAAAACAUUUGAAUGGUGUGUUUACAAAAAAACAACAACAAAAAACCAAAAUUGGCUUACUUCCAAAGACGGACAUGCUAGGUGAUUGGUGAUUCUAAAUUAGCUGUAGGUAUGGAUGUGUGAGACAAAUAAAGGUUUUACAGUGCAAUCAA